UUUUCAUGGACUGUCAGAUGCCAAAUAUGAAUGGUUAUGAAGCUGCAAAACUAAUACGAAUGGAAGAGCGUGUUUACGAUAUUGAAACCCCCAUCAUAGCAUUAACAUCCAAUGACUCAAGUGAGGAUGAACCUGUAAUGGAUUUUCAUAUUACCAAACCACUAAACGAAGAAAAGUUGGUAGAGGCAUUUCGUUCCAUCGACGGCAAGACAAUGACAACGAGAGAAUGGAGCAAAAGCCGAGCUGGAUUCCGGUAAAACAAACAGUUCGAUACGUCCUCGUGCAUGCCUAGUGGUAAGUUUUUUUGUUAAAGGGAG